AUGGCUGCAACCACCAGUUUGGCAUCGGACCUGCCCGUGUUCUACAUGAACGAUGUUUAUAAAUUCAACGAGUGGGGAAAGCAGUCGGUCCCGGGAUUUCACGACCGAUUGCCCGCAGUUGCAUUCUUGGCCAGGAAGUGCGGAGAAAGGGGAGAUCUGGUUUCGAGGCUUGCUGAGCUGGGAGUUCCUGUGCAUUCGCUUGGCAAAUGUGCGCCAAAGCGAACCACAAACAAGUUCACUCACGAGAUUGCCACGGGAGACAAGGUCAGCGUCAUCAGCAAAUAUCGCGUAUAUCUUGCCUUCGAGAACAGUAUAGAGCCAGGCUAUGUCACUGAGAAGGUCUAUGACGGCUUCAAGGCUGGAUGCGUUGGGGUUUAUUCUGGAGCACCGGACAUUCAGAGAUUCGUGCCCCCCGGCUCCCUCAUCGAGAUCAGCAAGGAGACGGUUGUGGAUGCCGCGGCGAAUAUCAAGGAGGCCCUGAGGAGCGAGGACGCCUGGAACCGGCUGAACUGGUGGAGGCAGGUUCCCGUGUCCGAGUGGCAGGGCGGGAGCUUCUUGCGAUCGUGGGGCGCGCCUGGCGAGACGCCUCCCGCUGGAUUCCAUCCGGACCUCGGCUGCCGCAUAUGCCGGGCGGCGUACGCCCACAAGCAUCCCGAGGAGACCAGGUUUGACCCGAAGACCCAGACCCUGGAGAGGCUGGCCCCGGGUGCGUGA